AUGAUGCGUUUUACCCGGUUCCUUGCCGUUGCAGCAAAGCGGAGUGCCACCAGCGCCAAACUCGGUAAGAGUGUUGGACUCACUGCGGCGCUGAGUCCCAGGCAAAGGUCUCUUCCCCGCGUCUCAGUGACGAAGUUGAUGAAGCCCAGCGGGAGCGGGAAACACGCUCUGUCGUCAUUCUUGUUGAAGGACAAGAAGAAGGUGGCCACCGCAAAAGUUGCUGUGCCGCCGAAAAAGAAGAGGGCUUUAAAGGUGAGGAAGGGCCGCAGCAGCGGCAAAAAGGCCGCGGCUCUCUAUGUGCGCUUCUAUUACGCCUUGAAGAAGAGCGGACUUGUGAAGGGGAAGCGACGCAUGCAGAAAACGGGUGAGCUGUGGCGUGCCACAAAGAAGGCGAAGGACUUCAAGAAGCGCGUUGAGGCGGCGCUGAGGCUUGCAAAGAAGGGACAAAAAAGCAGGGCUCGUAAGCUGAAGGCGCAGAAGAAGGCAAAGGGCAAAAAGUCGGCGAAGGGCGUCAGGAGGGUCUACCGGAGGGUCAGCAGGAAGAAGACUGUCACGAGCACCGUGCCGCCUCUCCCCUAA